UUUUUUUUACCGCUUCAGCGAACUGAUAAAAUUGAUAAAUUUUGUACGAAUGCCGAAUGUGAAUUGUAAUGAAAUAAUUAUUAUUAAUUAAGCUGCAAUUAAGAUAUUUUAGUAUUCGAAUCAAGAUAGACUAAUCGGCGACAAAAUGGAAGUAAAAAAUCCUCAAGCUGCUAUCCUUUCCAAUUACGAAGUACUUUCUCUGAUAAACGAUGUAAAAUCCGCCAACGUACCCACUACUCAAGAAGCCACCCAGUUAGCUACAAUUUUAUACGAAACUUCUCACUACCUACAAGAAUUACCAUGUAACGAACAAGACGAAUCGAAAAUCAACGACAUGAUGAACCUCUUGAAAGAUUUCAAGCCACCGUUGACGAAACUAGAAAAAUUAAUGAUUUGCAAUAACCCUCCGGAAAGCGUUUUACAGUUCUCUCUGAUCGUUAAAGACCUCGAAGAAAAAUUAGACGAAUCGGAAAUCGUAGCGUGGCUAGAGAAAAUAGACAAUAUUAUGAAGUCGUGACAUAAAACUGAUACCGAAAAGGUUUAUUCGUAUAGAAACAAUACUAAAACUAACAAAAUGGUACGGGGUGAUUCAAAAAGUUCUCAAAUGUUUCCCGAAUGCUCAAAUUCCAAAGUUCGUCGCUCCAAAAGGUAAAGCAAAGGAACAAGAGUGAAAUUAUGCUGUUCUUUGUGUGUAAAUAUUUUUUUUACUGUAAUAAAUAUUUUAUUUUUUUA